GACGCCUCCAGAAAGGGCACGACUGCUCGCUCGCUGCUCGCUUUCCCUCCAACCAAGCCUUCCACAUGAGCCAGCCAAGCCUUGCCUCCCCACCAGGAUGAAGAAAGAAAAGAAAAUGCAUGCUUUACUGCUUCUCCUCCUGCUUCACUUCACCUUGGGGCAAUCAGACUAUGCUCCAUAUUUUUAUGAUAAUGGGCCCAGCAGUACACAUGGGAACAUGGCCUUGUUCAGCAUCUCUGAGGAUACACCAGUUGGGACACAGAUAUACAUUCUUAAUGGUACAGAUCUGGAGGGGGAUCCGGUGCGCUUUGGUCUGACUUUUGAAAAGGGCUCCAAAGAAUAUUUUAGGGUGGAGUCCAAGUCAGGAAACGUGACUCUGAUUCAGGAGCUGGACAGAGAGAAACAAGAUGAGAUCUCAGUGCUCGUGAGCAUAACAGACGGUCGCAAUAAAGUUGUUGAGACAGUUAGAGUUUUUGUCACUGAUGCCAAUGAUGAACCACCGGAAUUUCAAAACCUGCCUUUCAUUAUUGCAAUCCCAGAGGAUACUGCUCCGGGAAGUAGCGUCUACAAAGUCCAAGCAGUGGACAGAGAUAUGGGCUCAGGAGGCAGCGUCUCAUAUUAUCUCCAGACCUCACCGUUCGCCAAGUUUGCCAUCGAUGGGCACAGCGGGAUCAUCCGAGUCAAACCUGGUGAGACUUUGGACUACGAAAACACGCCCACUCACUUUGUGACGGUGGUUGCAAAGGAUGGAGGUGGAAAGAACAAAGGGAAGCACCAGGUUCUGUCCUCCACAGCCACCAUGACCAUCAAUGUACUGGAUGCCCAGGACAUGCCUCCGUCCUUCAUAGGAACCCCUUACUUUGGCUACGUCUAUGAAGUCUCACUUCCCGGUUCUGAAAUAUUCACUGUGUACGCUAAAGAUGGAGAUCAAGGCAACCCUAACUCAAUACAUUAUUCCAUUAUGAACGGUAGUGGCGGUGUCUUUGACAUAAACAGCACCAGUGGAUGCAUCACCCUGACAACUUAUCCAAUUCUGCUGACAAAUGAAUUAUAUGAAAUUAUAGUCAAGGCGUCUGAGGUAGGACCAAACGAUCAGCUGCUGGACUCCGAAGUUACCACGGUGACGGUCCGGGUGGUGGAUCUCAACAACCAUCCUCCGACCUUUUACGGAGAGAACGGACCACAGAUCAAGUUUGAGGUCACCAUGUACGAGCAUCCUCCUGCAGGGGAGAUCCUCCGAGGCUUUAAGAUCACCGUCAAUGACUCCGACCAGGGAGCAAACGCUAAAUUUAAGCUGAGACUCGUCGGGCCGAGUCGUGUGCUGCGAGUGGUUCCCCAGACGGUUCUCAAUGAAGCUCAGGUGACCAUUAUUGUGGAAGACACAUCUGGCAUCGACUAUGAAAAGGGACCAACCCUUUCUUUCAAGCUGCUGGCGGUGGAGAUCGACACUCCUGAGAGGUUCAGUGCGACAGCUGACAUAGUGAUCAACCUGAUGGACACCAACGACAACGUCCCCAAAUUCACGUCUGAGUAUUACAUCGCCCGAGUCCCUGAGAACUCUCCCGGAGGCUCCAGCGUUGUGUCUGUAACAGCGAAUGAUCCAGAUUCAGGGCCCUGGGGUGAAGUCAAAUACACGAUUUAUGGAUCAGGAUCAGAUUUGUUUUCCAUCCAGCCUUCAUCCGGCCUCAUCUCCACGCAGCCCUGGACCAGCCUGGACGCGGAGGUCAGGUCUAAGUACAACUUCUACGUCAAGGCGGAAGAUUCAGAGGGCAAGUACAGCCUGUCUGAAGUCUUUGUCACCGUCCUCGACAUGAACGACCACUCUCCGGCGUUUGAUGAGACACUCCUGGAGAAGACCAUGAUAAUUGGUACACCUGUCAGAGUAGAGGCAGUGGAUGAAGAUGCAGAGUCUCCGAACAACGUCAUCGAGUACUCCAUCAUGACGGCCGAUCCCGACAACGCGUUUGAUAUCAACGCAAAGACUGGGGAGAUCAAGCUGAAGCCGUACAUCAAGUCCAUGGAGAUUGUGCAGAACAUCACCAAGCAGAAGGACUGCAAGUGGUCUCUGGUGGUCCAAGCCAGGGACAGAGGCUCUCCAUCCUUCAGCACAACAGCUGUGGUCAACAUCGACAUCACAGAGGCGACUCCUCUCAAGGGGCCUAUGGCGGCCUUUUUAAUGAAAAGUAGGGACAAUCCUAUGAGAGCUCUAGGCAUGGUCAUUGUUAUCAUUAGCUUAUUGGUAGGGCUGACUGUCUUGAUCUCUACGGCUAUGUAUAUGCGCAACUUAAAGUCAAAUAGGAUCAUGCCGACACGCCGCAUCAUUAAGAGGCGACCCAAGGACCAGCAGCCCUGGAGCUUCAACAUGCCCGUUGUCAAAUUCAACAACCCUGCCGAUAAGUUCCUCAUUGUUGAUCAAGAGAGAACCACCAGCUGUAUGCGACCGAAGCCUCCACCCCCCAACGCUCCUCCGCCCCCAUGUAACACACGGCCCAAUGAGAGGCCUCGGGUGGUCCCGACAAUAUCCGGCGUGCUGGCCUCCAAAGGCUCCAAAAAAGCUAAAUCUAAUCGCCGCAAAGAGGGAAAUGUCAGCUCUGCUUUUGUGUCAGAGCUUAAAAUGAGACUUGAGCAGAAAAUCAUUGAGAACAACCAAGGUUACUAUUAACUCUGUCGUACAAACUUCUUCUCUAAGGUUCUUUGUGACGACUACAGUCCGAGAGUUUUCACCUGCAUGAGAUGAUCCGGUAGGUUAAACCUACAUGUAGAUUAUUCAUGAGUAAAUGGUAAAAGGGGGUGUAAUGUGAAGAUUUACAGAUAUGUACGUCUUAAGACGAGGUAUUUAACAGGUGGACAACCUCAGUUGUCCUGGCUUUGGUAAAGAGAGGACCUCUAUCUGUCUCUGGUGCAGUGGGAGAUAAUUCACCACACUGCCGUCUUGAGGAAGAUUACAUCAUUUUAGCAGUAAGAAGAACCAGGGAGAGGAUUACUAAGACUUACUGUGUAUACAUAAGUUGCAUAACUUUCCUGAAAAGUGUAAUUUAAUGUCUUUGACACAGAUGUAGGAUUUCACCCAAAAAAAUGUCUUCUUGCUCAUCGGAGCGUGCAGCUGAAUGACACGGCCAUGAAAAACGACACUGCUUCUUAUAAAGUGCUAAAGGACCUGUGUGUUAUUAUUUUUACUGUGUUACAUCAGAGGUCGCUCUUUUGUAUGAUUACAAUGUGCCACUGUAGGUUUUCACAGUAACCAGCUUACAGAGCUGCUUUUAUUCAUUUGAGUGUGUCAUUCUAGAAAAAAUGCUUUUAUAUAAAUAACAUUUCAAAUGUAUAUAUGCAUAUGUGACAAGAUAUGAACAUUUCCCCUGUUUUAUCUUGCAGCAGUAAAUAACAUACGGUACAAAUGAAACCAUCUAACUCCACUUAAGAGUUUUAAGCAGAGAUCCCGAUGUAUAUAAGCUGCUUGGACAUUUUCUUUGUAUAUAUAGAUAUAGAAAGUUAGAGUCUGUGUUGAACAUUUAGGUGUUACUUUCUAUGUUUCUCAUCAUGCCUUCAAAUGUAGGCAAAUACAAUUAGAGUCAUUUAAUAGCUGUAACCCAUACCUUGUAUCUGACUGUAUCUUAACUUAUAACUAUCUUAAAUAAGUUGAGUUAAACUACAGUAAAUAUCUAUAUAACUACAAAUAAAACUUGCCUGGUCCUUCAAAGUAACAUAUUUGUACUGUCUUUGUACUGUCUUGAUUUUGAAUAAAUAU